AUGCUAAAAAAUCUCAUUGCCUUUGAUGAGCAAUUUAAGUACUAUUGUGAGAGGGUCGUUCUAUCGCCUGAUAAAAUUCCGUCCCGACCAAAAACUUCUGUUAACGUGGAAGGUCCGAACCCGAAAAAAAGAAAAGUUGACUCCGAUUUCGAACAAUACCCGGUCGAUGGUCAUUUAGCUGCUUCAAUUGGACGUUACGCUUUAUACUACAAUUCAAAAGAUGAUAACUAUAAGAGAUGUGCCGUUCCGUUGACCCCAAGACUAAUAGCUACAUAUCGUCAUGGAGAUAACAAAAUGCUCAAAAAAGAUGAUGAGAUCAUUGUUAGUUCUUGGACCGACGCUAAUUUCAAAGUAGCCACCCGUGUCGUGAAAAUAUUGGAAGAAUUUGACGUGAUAAUCUUGAUAUCAAACGUAGAUGUUUCUGAUAGAAAUCUUCUUUCGAAUUCGAUUGUGCCACAUAAAGGGAUGCGCUACAUGAUGAAAGUCCCUCACACAAGUGACAAUGGUCGUCCAGCAUCUCCAGUAUUGGGUGGUCGUUGUCUCAUUGUUCCGCUUAGUAGUUUUGAAGCAAUGAUUCAGGAUUUAUUGCCAAAAGAAGACUCAGUUGAUGAAGCCGAAUGGAACAAUUAA